AUGGCUUCAAUCAUGCAAAAAUGGCGUGAAACUCGUGAUUCGAUCAAUCAUACAGUCGCACGCUCUUUCGUUGGACGUUAUUUUCGUUUAGAAGGAUGUGGUCACCCUUUAGCCAGAGAAGGUGCAGUGUUCACCCGUGAAUUACGUUCUGGCUUGGUUACAUUUGCUGCAAUGGCAUACAUUAUCUCCGUUAAUGCAUCAAUCCUUUCUUCUACCGGUGGUCCAUGUGUUCAAAAUCCAGGUUUGGCAGAUGAAGCUGCAUAUGAACAAUGCAAAGAACUCGUUCGUCAAGAUUAUGUAACUGCAACAAGUGCAAUCUCUUUCAUCGCUUCUUUUCUCAUGGGCUUACUUGCAAACCUUCCUCUUGGUCUCGCUCCCGGUCUUGGUGUUAAUGCAUACUUUGCAUUCACUGUCGUUGGUGCUGAUGGAAAAGGUUUGAUCCCGUACGGUCAAGCAUUGGCUGCUGUUUUCUUGGAAGGUUGGAUCUUCUUUGCUUUGUCCGUCGUUGGAUUGAGACAAUGGAUGGGAAGAAUUAUGCCUCGUUCACUCACUUUGGCAACGGGUGCAGGUAUCGGAAUGUACUUGGCUUUAAUCGGUUUAGGUCCAAACGGUUUGAGCGUUGUGGGACCAAAUGCUUCUGAUAUUAUCGGACUAGGCGGUUGUCCAGCGCAAUUCAAAGAUGAGUCAGGAAUUUGUCUUUCUCACGUUCUGCAAGAUCCUCGAGUUUGGCUUGGUGUCUUCUUGGGAGGUGUCUUUACCGCAUUGCUCUUCAUGUACCGCGUCCGUGGUGCAUUCUUAUGGCCAAUUCUCUUGGUUGCUGUGGCUUCCUGGCCAAGAUCUGGUUCCGUUACCGAAUUCCCUCACGACGGCUCAACGGGUGAUCAAGGCUUUGAUUUCUUCAAACAAGUCGCAACUUGGCACAAUUUCAGUAAACUUGGUCCAUCAAACAUCAUCUGGAAUUAUGCCUCAGGUCACACUUGGUUGGCAUUGAUAACAUUCUUAUACGUUGACAUCCUCGACACCACAGGUACUUUAUACUCAAUGAGUCGUGCUGCCGGCUUGCUUGAUGAGGCAUUGACCAGCGAUUUUGAAGGAAGCAGCAUUGCUUACCUUACGGACGCAUUCUGUAUCUCAAUGGGCUCACUAAUGGGCUUGAGUCCAAGCACGGCAUUCAUCGAGAGCGCAACGGGUAUCGCGGAAGGUGGUAAAACCGGCCUUACGGGUAUGACAGUUGGCUUCUUCUUUUUCCUUUCGCUAUUCUUUGCGCCAAUUUUUGCAAGUAUUCCUUCUUGGGCCACAGGUGCAACUUUGGUUAUCGUUGGAUCUUUGAUGAUGAAGAGUGCUGCUAGUAUUAACUUUGGAUUUAUCGGAGAUGCGCUCCCUGCCUUCUUGGUCAUCGCUGGAAUUCCGUUCAUGUUCAAUAUCAGUUAUGGUAUCAUUGCUGGUGUUUUGAGCUGGAUCAUUCUUCACAAUGUUCCUCUUCUUCUGGGAAAGAUUCAUCCUUCCCUCUUACCUCCCGGAUGGCAUACCGAAAAAGAACCUUACAACAUCGCUGGAACAUUGAGACGCGGUGGAAAAGCAGCUUCGUUCAAGACUUUACUACCUCCUUGGCUCAUAAAGUUAACAUCUGGAAAUAUGAAAUUCUGGAAAGCCACAGAUGCGGAAAUCGAACAAGUUCUCGAAGGUAGAAGAAUAACACAAAGACAAUACCGUUUGCGCGAAGAACAAGUUCAACGGGAAAGAGAAGAAAUGAGAAGAAUGCAAGCAGGAGAUGAUGUUAAUAACGGUGCAAUGGAUGAAGAAAAUGAAAAGAGUGCUUCGGGAAGCAGUGAUCAAAUUCCCGAUACAAAGCAUAUCGAAGAAGCCUGAGAGAAGGCUUGUAAAAAGUUGUUGUACAAUAUAGUCUGUAAUCUGGAAUGCAAUCUCAGUUUCUGUUGG